AGAGCAAUGCUGCAUCAGAACAGUAGACUGGCAGCGGGCCAGGUGAUUGUGGGCCGUAUUGACGGUGAUUUGAGCCGGAGGGUUUAUAGCCUGCUGGUAUUACUCCCAGCAAGGCGCUGGUGGGGACAGCAGGAUUAUGGUGUGAAGUAGAAACAAGGUGGAUUUCAGGUGGAAUCUCAACGAUCUUGAUUAUCAUAAAAGGGUGACAUUGAUUCGGAAAAAGAAACUGAAGAAGUCUCGAAUGUUAUUACAGGCGAACCCGAGUUUAACCACGAAGGAUCACAAUGACAAACCUGGGAUGAUGACCGAGUAUCAAAACAUCAACCUGGAUCCCAGUAUCGCUCAGAAUAGUCCUUCCAACGCCAACCUCGAAUCAGCAAAAUAUCGAGAAAUGUGUAAAUUCUACAGUUCACCGUAUAACGUGACAACUAAACAUCAUGCGCCCUCUAACAAUACGGCUUGGCGCCACGGGCGCAGGAUUAACCAUGUGGCACAUUUGAAACCGUUACCGAAAAUAGUCAAAUUCCAAGAUGAGAAUAAAGAGGAGUUGUCUGGGGAGUAUGAAAAUAUGGAAGCCGGCGUCGCAGUCACAAAAUGGUCAGAGAAAACAUUUAAUAAGUGCUUGCCUAAAGCGACGUCAGUGACAGGAUACAUGACUGGAUCACUGGCAGGGAGACGUGAGAUAGAUGAGGACAGUGAGACGAUACGGUCUACGCCAACUGACUCUACAAGCGAGAGUAAUACCACAGACAACCUCUCUACAAAAUCACAGAAAUCUAAGAAAAGGGUACAAUUUGUUGGGAUAGACGAGAAGAGGACUAGGAGAACUUCACCCACCACAAAGGGCAAAAAAUCAAAAUGUCAAACAUCUCUACUAGCUGCUAACCCAUACGCAUAUAUAAAAGAUGAAAAGACUGGUAAAUUACCUGUUAUUUAUGAGGAAAAGGGGGUGCUGCCACCUAUUGUGGAGAAAUAUACAACAAAUGUUAGUUUACAACAUGUGAGGAAUGCGUGCAUUCCGGGGAAUAAGUAUCAAUCGGCAGCCAUGCGAUGGCGGUCAGUCUAUGACAAGAUACGACCAACCAAUCAUAUGAAGACAUUUACGGAGGUGGUCUACGCGGUGAGGGCACGCAUGAAUGAGCUGAAGGUGACGCCAGAUAAGGACAUGAAGGCAGAGGAUGACGACUCCCGUGACGGAAGACAAGAAACAGUCAAGAUUGUGAAGACAAGUAUCAUGCAGGCUCCGACCACCCAGAGAAUCAACGCUAAUGGUGUGAAGAUGUACCCUAUAGAUACGGAUCAGUGUAUGGCUGCAGAGUGUACAUGAUAUUUCCUCUUCGUGGACUUGACUAGAGAACUUGUACUAAGCAUUCUGCUUAUAGUCAGAAGGGGCAACCAUUUUGAACUUGAGCUUUUUUGUUUUGGACAUUUGCAAGGAAUGCCUGCUCAAAAGGCUUGAGUAUUCUCAGGAGCUGGUACUAUCUAGACUUGCACUAAUGUUUCAAACGAGCUUGGCGGGAACGUGUCACAGCUUUCAGCGUGACACUAGUACUCGUGUUUUCAAUAGCAACAUGGUGAUCAUGUUUAGUAGUCUGCUUGAUAGGGACUCAUGGAAUAGAAAUGUUAUGAGCAGAUAAACUCGGCUUCAUUACUGAAUAAUGACAUGUAGUAAUUGGUCAACAUGACAACAGAAGGAAUGAUGUAAGCAUCUCUUUAUCUCAUGAAACGCUGUAUUAUUAGUUUUUCUCAUUUCACAAAGAUAGACUUUGUGCCAAAAUUUAUAAAAGGGAUAUUUGAGACAAGAAAAUGUUGUUUGAAUCUUGGCAUAAUGAGAAUGAGGAAUGAUAUGUAUCUGAAGGAUGGAUGUGGGAGACAUGGUACACAUGCUGCAUCUAGUCUAGAGGCUUCAUAAGCCUAACAUGCAAGUCGCUGCAUAGUCACUCAUUCAGGAUUAUAGACACAUAGUACUGUAUGAUGCUAUCCUAUGAUCAUGAAAGCUAGCCUUGGUAUAUUAUUAGCUUAGAAAUAUAUGUACACAAGAGAAGCCCGAGUGUGUUAACCUUGCAGCAUGAAAAUCACCACAGUUUAACAAAACAUUACAUUGCCCUUCCUUUGCUCUCACCAGCCAGCACAGGUGUGUGGC